AUGAUUCUUGCAUCUGUGGUCCUGGGGCUAUUCAUUCUCUUUCUGUCCCUUAUUUCCUCUGCAACCCCUAUCGAACCUGCGAUAUUUCCCCCAGACCAGGAUGCUCCGCUUCCGCCGUCCGAAGACCCAUUCUACCGUCCUCCUCCGGGAUACGAGAACGCUGAGCCAGGCACGAUAUUAAGAUAUCGAGCAACCCCUUUCCCUAUUGCGUUAUUCAGGCUUGUUCCGAUCAACCUAGCUAGCACCCAUCAGGUUUUAUACCGCUCGUCUGACACCUUCCGGAAGCCAACGGCCACCGUUUCGAGCAUUUUGGUUCCCUACAAUGCAAAUAUGUCCAAGCUACUGUCGUAUCAAGUGGUUGAAGAUGCAGCAUUUAUCAACUGCGCUCCGUCAUAUGCCCUCCAGCUCAACUCUGAUCCGGGUGGCGAGCUUGGAACAAUCGUCAUACAGAGCGAGUUGCUUCUCAUCACUGCUGCCCUGGAAAAUGGAUGGGUCGUUACCAUACCAGAUUACGAGGGCCCGAAUGCUGCGUUCUUAGCCAACUGGCGUGCAGGCUACGCUACAUUGGAUGGCAUCAGAGCUACCCUCGCUUCCUCUGAAUAUACCGGUGUAUCCCCGGAUGCAGCGAUCACCAUGUGGGGGACUUCUGGAGGGAGUGUUGCAAGUGGAUUCGCGGCUGAAUUACAGUCUUCCUACGCACCAGAGCUAAACAUUGUUGGAGUCGCGCUCGGCGGCAUGGUUCCGAGCAUCAGGACGGCUCUUGAGAGUCUUAACAGAGGGUUUGAUGCGGGAAUCAUUGUAUCUGGUGUUCUCGGUCUCUCGCAUGAAUACUUGUACAUGAAGCCCAUCCUCGAGUCGUAUCUGCUAACAGUCACGCGAACGAAAUUUAUGAACGCGGCGACAAAGUGUUCCGGGGCGGUCUCUCUGGAUUUUAAAAGUGAGGAUAUUUUUAGCUACUUCAGAGGAGGGAAAGAGUCGGGCUUAUUCGAAAACCCGGAGGUUAAAAGGAUUUUAGAUCACAAUGCCUUGCCCCAGGGAAUUCCGACUGCUCCUCUUUUACUCCUCAAGUCAGUCAACGAUGAAAUAAGCCCAAUAUCCGACACUGAUGAUCUAGUGGAACAGUAUUGCGCAUCUGGAGCAUCGGUCGACUACAGACGGGACAUACUUUCUAUCCACACCGUUUUGGCCGUGACAGGUGCCCCGGAGGCAAUCAUAUGGCUACGAGAUCGCAUGGAUGGGGUGGCUUUGCCCGAAAGGUGCCAAACUUCAACCGUCUUGAUGACACUUCUCGAGCCAGGUGCUCUAGAAGUCAUGUCUAAGGCUAUCAUCGAUAGCCUGCUAGAUCUUCUAGGAAAGCCCGUCGGCCCAAGAGUUGAUACCGAAGUUGAUCCUGUUCCUCCUAUUUAG